CAGUGACCCUGGUCCAUUUAUCGUCCACGUUUCUCAGGAUAGCUCUUCAGGAAGUCCAGCUUCUGGGACCCCGCUGAGGGCUAUUAAGUUUGGACAAUUUUUGUACAACCACAAAGUGACUGACAUCACCAGAGGUGGUGUCAAAAUGACAGGUCGUAACCGUGUUACUGUGGAAUUUAAGUCUGCGGGAGCGGCCAACGAAUUUAUCAACCACCCAGCUCUGUCCCCAAACAAGUUUAAGGCAGUUAUCCCAACUUACCACAUCACCCGUAUGGGUGUUGCUAGGAGAGUCCCAGUGGAUCUCUCCAUGGAUGAGUUUGUGGGUUCUUUGGACCUCCCCCAUGGAUGCGGUAUUGUUCUUAAAGCACGCAGAUUUAGUCGCAAAGUGAUCAACAAUGGAAACGUUUCAUAUGUCCCUACUCAAAGCGUAGUAAUCACUUUCAGGGGACAAUACCUCCCAGAAAAAAUUUACUCUUUCCGUGCUGCUGUAGAAGUUGACAGAUACACCUACCCAACCAUCCAGUGCCACGCUUGCUGCAGGUUUGGCCAUGUGAAGGCUAAUUGCCGAUCAAGGCCUUGCUGCUUCAAGUGUGCCCAACCACACUUGGGUGAGACAUGCGAUGCAGACCCUCCCACUUGCAUUUACUGCUCAGGAAGCCAUGCUUCCACGGAUAAGAACUGUCCAGAACAAGCUAGACAAAAAUCCAUAAAAGUCAUUAUGUCUCAGGACAGCAUUUCGUUCGCUGAAGCUGAUGCUCGACUUCCUAAGAGCAAAAAAUCAUUUGCUGAAGUAGCAUCUACACAACCUAAUGGCCCAUCUCCUAAUAAAUCCUACAAAAAGACUGUGACCACUCAACGCAGGCCUAGGUCUCCACUUUCUCCUGGCUAUGACAGACUUGCCCAUCAGGCCAUUAUCUCAUCACCAUCUUCCUCACUUCCUAAUGGAAGUGCCCUGAAUGUGAUUACUCCCAAUGACAACUUAUUGGAUAACUUACUUUCAUUAGUUGUCAGUCUGCUGUCUAAAUUCAGCGACACAAUACCGCCCCACGUUGCACUUAAGAUUAGAGAACUCUCCUCCUUCAGCCAGAAUGGCUCUGAACCCGACCCGGGUCCUUCAGUGGAAUGCUCAGAGCCUUAAAAGUAAAAAACAUGAAGUACUCAACUUAAUAGAUGACAUCAAGCCCGUCAUUGUUGCCAUCUCGGAGUCAUGGCUGGCGCCGGGUUCUCGUUUCCGAGUUCCGGGCUACUCGUGUCUGCGGGAUGACAGGGAUGACGGGUUUGCUGGGUGCGCUUUACUUGUGAAGCGUACCCUUACUUUCUCCUCUAUCCCUACCCCUCCCCACGGACAGGAAUUUAAUGUUGUGGCCCUUAGGGCUUUAGACAUUACUUUCGUGUCCGUGUAUUUCCCUGAUCCCCACCCUUCUCACCUCCCAUCUUUUUAUAAUAUAAUUUCUUCUCUCCCGCAACCUCUUCUGAUCAUGGGGGACUUUAAUGCCCACCAUACCUCAUGGGGUUCUUACCACACUGACGCUUUUGCAAUCGCCCUCUUAGACAUGCUUGAUACCUUAGAUGUUUGUAUUUUAAAUGACGGCUCUCCUACCCGUCGAGUCCUACCCCGUCAGAACCCAAAAAGUGCUGUCGAUCUCACUUUCUCGUCUCCUCUUCUUUCAACAUCAAUAUUCUGGAGGGUCCUCCCAAAUACCUUUGGGAGUGAUCAUUUUCCCAU